UUCCGAUGCUGUUCCAGGGCUCUGGCCAGACCAGGUUCAGACUCUACAGCUAGCUGGCAUUUCCCACCCACAGCUGACCCACCGUGAGUUCCAAACCAGUGCUGUUUCCAGGGACAUUGACACUGCUGCUAAGUUCAUCGGUGCCGGUGCUGCCACGGUCGGGGUGGCUGGUUCAGGAGCAGGGAUUGGGACAGUGUUUGGCAGCUUGAUCAUUGGUUAUGCCAGGAAUCCAUCUCUCAAGCAGCAGCUCUUCUCUUAUGCCAUCCUGGGCUUUGCCCUGUCCGAGGCCAUGGGGCUCUUCUGUUUGAUGGUGGCAUUCCUUAUCCUCUUUGCUAUGUGACAACUUGUGGUCCUGGCUGCGGUUUCCAUCACACUGUCCUCUGCGGUUCGAGUCUGCGUCCAUCAGAACGUUCCAGACUGACCAUUAAAGAAAAGAUUUCUCUAAAUAAAC